AUGCAUACACCUGACGACCGCGAGGACAGACAGGACACAGAGGACACAGAGGAUACAGAGGACAGAGAAGUCAGUGGUGUCAGAGGUGUCAGAGGUGUCAGAGGUGUCAGAGAGGACAGAUACGACAGAGACGAUCGAGAGAACACAGAGGACACAGAGGACAGAGAGGUCAGAGGGGACAGAGGGGACAGAGGGGUCAGAGGGGACAGAGACGACAGAGGGGACAGAGACGACAGAGGGGACAGAGACGACAGAGGGGACAGAGACGACAGAGGGUACAGAGACGACAGAGGGGACAGAGACGACAGAGGGGACAGAGACGACAGAGGGGACAGAGACGACAGAGGGGACAGAGGGGACAGAGACGACAGAGGGGACAGAGACGACAGAGACGACAGAGGGGACAGAGGGGACAGAGGGGACAGAGGGGACGGAGGGGACGGAGAGGACACAGACGACACAGAGGACGGAGAGGAAAAAGAGGACAAAGGGGACACGGAGGUCAGAGAGGACAGGGACGACAGAGGACAGACAGGACAGAAAGAUGACAGAGACGACAGAGACGACAGAGACGACAGAGACGACAGAGACGACAGAGGCGACAGAAAGGUCAGAGAGGUCGGAGAGGUCGGAGAGGUCGGAGAGUUCGGAGAGGACACAGAGGACAGAGACGACAGAGAGAACAGAGGACAGACAGGACAGAGAGAGGACGGAGAGGACACAGAAGUCAGAGAAGUCAGAGAAGUCAGAAGUGUCAGAGAGGACAGAGACGACAGAGACGAUCGAGAGAACACAGAAGACACAGAGGACAGAGAGGUCAGAGGGGUCAGAGGGGACGGAGGGGACGGAGGGGACGGAGGGGACGGAGAGGACACAGACGACACAGACAGAGGACGGAGAGGACACAGAGGACAGAGAGAGGACAGAGAGGACGGACAGGACAGAGGAAGCAGCAGCCAGGCCCCGCGGACACGGCGGGGACGGAGAAGCGCCGGUGAUUCACGGUGCCGGGCGCGGUCUUCAGCCCGGAAGCGCGGCGUGCAUGUGCGGCGCACGCGCCCGACGGCGGGGAGAGGAGUGGGGGAGGGGGGCGGGGGCGGAGACUCGCGGCCAUCGACCUCUCUUCCUUCCCUGCCGGAAACACAGGUGGAGGCAGCGGUGCCCGCGGCGCUAGGCCACCCUCCGGCGGGGUCGUGGCAGCGGGUUGUGUCGGGUUCCGACAGGUCAGCAGCAUCCCUCGUCGUCGCUAAUGACAGCGACGUCGUCCCCCAAGCCAGACCAACGCCCGCCGAACUUCACAGCGCUAGACGGCGCGAGCAAUGCGCAGGGGAGGCCACGCUAUCGCCACGCCUGAUCGGCACGGCACGACCUCAGCCCAUCACGCCCGCGGCACACGACAUGAUCUCCCGCCAGCUACCGCACAUGUUCCACUUGCCUCCCCCUCCCCCCACUCCCAUCGCACACGCCCUCUUGUACCUCCGCCGGGGAGGAGAACACGACAGGGCGUCUGGAAGCGCACGAGACUUGCAUUUGGCGGGCGGAGUCCUCGGCGAAAGAGUGCGCGACAAGGAAGUGGGGAGUGCUGGGCGCCACCCGGCGCUGAUCUGGGCUCACGAGACAAGCGGGGAGGGGGAGGGGAAGACGCCGGCGUCUCCUCAGCAGUUGACGAGGCGUCUCGCGGCGCGGCCAGGAAGGCCCCUAACGAGAGCCACGACGAGCGUCGGCCAAGCCGGGCUCCAGUGCGGAGGCCGCGCUUGUUAG